GUUUUAUAUUGGACCCAAGCGGCGUAACGUGAUGCGUGAGAAACACAGACUCGUGCAGAUAGAUCAUGGCUUCCUUAGUGAGAUCACUUUCCAAUAAGGUGAAAAAAAGACCCGCAGAUGAACCCACAAUACCAACGCCAGAGCAGCAGAUACUGGAGGAGCAAUCAGUGGCUAUUGAUGGAGACCCUGUAGUACGGCGCAGCGCUCUGUCCGAACAUCUCAUGGCAACUUACUACGAUGACGUCACGACUGCUUACGAGGGCUUUCAGCGAGGAUGUCGGAUCGCAGGUGAUCUUCCCUGUCUUGGGAAAAGAGGUGACAAAAUCGGGAUGUACCGAUGGCUUUCUUAUAAUGAGGUUCGAGAGAGAGCCCACAGUUUUGGUUCUGCGCUAGUCCAUCUGGGGUGUCACCCCUCGCAACGCACAUUUGUCGGAAUUCAAGCAAAGAACUGCGUUGAGUGGGUGCUGACAGAUCUCGCUUGCCAGAUGUUCUCGAUGGUCUCGGUCCCUAUUUACGACACCCAUGGCCCAGACGCGUGCCUCUUUAUCAUAAACCACGCGGAUGUAGAGACGAUCGUUUGUAACCACACUAAGAUACCUUUUAUCCUGAAGAACAUAAAAAGAAUCCCUCAUCUGAAGUGCAUUAUCCAGAUAGGAGAACUAGUGAAAGAAGAAGAGAGGAAGGACGCAAAGGUUUCUGGUAUAGAGUUACUCUCCUUCUCGAUAGCCGAGGAAAUUGGAAGGAAAAAUAUCAAAGAAGUAAACCCACCAAAGCCAAAUGAUAUUUUCACAAUCUGUUACACAAGCGGAACGACAGGAACACCAAAAGGAGCGGUUCAAACCCACUCGAAUGUUAUCGCAGACGUAUCGGGAGUGAUAAGACAAUAUAAUACUGCCGGUGUCGGUUUCCAGUGUGGUAUUGAUGUACAUUUUUCCUAUCUACCACUUGCGCAUGCGUACGAACGAACUGGUGUGGUAUGUAUGCUGCAGUCGGGGUGCAGGAUUGGGUUUUAUAGAGGAGACCCGCAGCUUCUCUUCGAGGAUAUACAGGAGCUCAAGCCAACGUUUUUUGCUUCAGUUCCCCGAAUAAUGAACAAAGUUUAUGACAAGGUCAUGGCCCAAGUGUCUGAGAGCAAGUUCAAGAGCUGGAUGUUCCAGAAAGGUCUUCACGCUAAGGAAGCGGACAUGAAUAAGAAUGUUUUUCGAAGUAACACCAUAUGGGAUAAGGUUGUCUUCAAGAAAGUCCAGAUGCUAUUUGGUGGUCGUGUGAGGGCGAUCACAUCAGGGGCGGCACCCUUGUCGCCGAAAGUCAUGACCUUUUUUAGAUGCGCCAUGGGCGAUUGCAGGAUCAUGGAGGGAUACGGUCAGACGGAAUGCACCGCCUGCGCCAGUUUGCAGCUUCCCCAAGACAUGCAAGCAGGUAUUGUAGGACCUCCCCUUACCUGCAAUUACAUCAAACUGGUAGACGUUCCUGAGAAGAAUUACUCUACAAAAGAUCUCAAAGGAGAGGUCUGCAUCAAGGGACCGAAUGUUAUUCCCCGCUACCACAAAAACCCGGAAAAAACCGCUGAGGCUUUAGAUGAAGACGGAUGGCUUCACACGGGAGAUAUAGGCAUGUGGCUAGAGAAUGGAGCCCUAAAGAUAAUCGACAGGAAGAAGGAUAUAUUCAAACUUGCUCAGGGCGAGUAUGUUGCCCCCGGAAAGCUCGAGAAUAUCGCGCAAAGAAGCCCAUUUGUUGCCCAGGCGUUUGUUCAUGGGGAGUCGCUAAAAACAUUUGUCGUGGCAAUCCUAGUUCCAGAUGGAGAAGUUCUAAAAAAAUGGGCCGCCCAAAAGAACAUUCAAGGGGAUUUGAAGACUCUUUGUGAGAAAGAGGAAGUACGGCAAGCUGUUUUUGAAGACGUCGUACGAGUUUGCAAAGAGGCAGAGCUGUUCUCAUUUGAACAGGUUAAGGCAGUGCAUCUUCAUCCCGAGGCGUUCAGCGUCGAGAAUGAUCUGAUGACCGCCACAUUCAAGAUCAAGCGUCCCCAGAUCAUCAAAGCAUUCCAUGACGUCAUCGAAAGCCUGUACCACGAGGUCGAGACUAAGGGCGAGAGGCCCAGGAACGAGGUUAACCUAAAUCUUGAGAUGAAAGGGAAAGCUGGGAACGAGUCUAACGUAUACACAGACGCGCGGUAGAUAGAAUUGCGCAUGCGUAGGCCAUGGCGAUAGUAUACAGGGUGCUUGAAAGUUCAAUUGUUCACAAUAUUUGGAUUUUAAUCUUAUUCACUAAAAUUAUUAUCAUUUUCGUCAUUGCUUAUUACAAUUUUUGUAAAAGUGAAAGUGUAUCACAGUGGCUUCUGUAAAAGGUCUUGUUAUUAUCAAUUUGUAUUGGACAUGGAUUAUCAUUUUCAAAAUAAAGAACUGCACUUUUUGUA